AUGGAGACGAUGGAUGACAUGGCAUCAAUCUUCAAAGGGUUCGGAGACGAGCAGAGCACAUUGUUCGACAAAUACGAGCGGCUCUCAUUCGAGGUGCACCUUAACCAGGCCAUCCUUGGCCGGAGCUUCUCAGAGCCGGCAGCAAUGAGUCUCCGGCCGCCGCCCAAGCAGGGGGCGAGGCCCGGAAAGCGCGGGCUAGGAUCGGGCUUUCAGAAGGUGAUCAAGAAGCUGCUUAGCCCAAUCCUUGGUAGUAGUAAGGGGGCAGUCAAAGAUGCGGGUAUCAAUGCCAAGGACCCAAUGUUCUUGAAAACAUUUUGCAAGUCUCAAAGGGCUUGA